UAAGCGUAGUCAACCACCCACCGCAGGAGACUGGGGGGAUGUUACGUUUUCCUGGAUAUACAAUAAUUUAGGAAAAUAUAACCACUCUUAGGGUCAUUUUGUUGAAAUACAACUCUCUUUUGGAUUAUAUUUUCGACAAUUAAACCACUGAAGUUUUCGUCCAUAUGUGUCAACGUUUGAUUUACCAGAGAGUGGCUCACGACUCAAGGAACCAAUAAUGGACCAGAACCUAUUUGGAGGCGCCCCAAGGUUUCUAACCCGGCCCAAGGCCUUCUCAGUGUGUGUGGGAAAGGAUGCCACACUGAGCUGCACCAUUGUUGGUAACCCAACUCCCCUCAUCACCUGGGAGAAGGAGAAGCUGCGGAUCACAUCUGGAGGUCGCUUCAAGACAGUGGACGAUGGCGAUGUGUACCGUCUGACCAUCUACGACCUAACUCUGGAGGACAGCGGCCACUAUAUGUGCCGGGCCAAAAACAGUGUCGGGGAGGCCUACGCUGCAGUCACCCUUAAAGUAGACCUGCCAACCAAGAUGAUAGAGCGAGCCCCUGUUUUCAUGGUCAAACCCAAGUCGGCACGCGUGGGACUUGGGGGGGAUGUCAUUUUCCACUGCCGGGUGGCAGCCUACCCUGAGCCUAACUUCGACUGGGAGAAGGAUGGGCGCUACGUGGGAGAGUCCAACCGCAUCAAGGUGACUUCCGACAGCGAUAGCAGCUCCCUGAGGAUCCAGAGUGUCCGCAGCCUGGACAGCGGGACCUACACCUGCCGAGCCAAGAACUCUGUGGGGCGCUCGCACGCCCCCGCCGCCUUGGUGGUGGACCUCCAGGACUCCCGGCACCUGGGCGUGGACAAGAACACCUCCCUCCUCUCCCACCUGCAGAAACGCAAGGAGGAGAUCUCCAUCUACCGCAAUGUCGAGAGCAGCUCUUCCUACAACUCCACCUCGUCCUCCACCUCCGCCAAGAUCACAGACGACCUGGAGCAGGCCCAGCGGGCGUCUGCGCUGGCCAUGCUGCCCAAGGGUGUGUUCACCCGCACCUGCACGGUGACGGAGGGCAAGCAUGCCAAGCUCAGCUGCUUCGUGACGGGCCACCCCAAGCCCCACAUCAUCUGGAGGAAGGAUGGCUCCAACAUCAGCGAAGGCCGCAGGCACGUCAUGUAUGAGGACCAGGCCGAGAACUUCAUCCUCAAAAUCCUGUACUGCAAGCAGGGUGACAACGGCCUGUACACUUGCAACGCCUCCAACAUGGCCGGACAGACUUACAGCGCCGUGUUGGUCAUCGUCAAAGAGCCUAAGGUCCCUUUCCGGAGGAAGCUGCAGGAUGUGGAAGUGCAGGAGAAGGAGACAGCCACCUUGAUGUGUGAGGUGCCCGUCUCGGCCACGCAGGCCAACUGGUUCAUGGAGGAGACGCGCCUGGAGCAGAACACCAAGUAUCGUAUGGAGGAGGAGGGGACCUUGCGCCGCCUCACCAUCAGGAACGUCACCACCAAUGACGACGCUGUCUACAUCUGCGAGAUGAACGAGGGCAGUCGCACCGUGGCCGAGCUCACCGUGCUGGGCAACAUCACCAAGAAACUUCCCAGGAGAACGGUGGUUCCUGUCAGCGACACAGUCAUCUUCUGUGUGGAGCUGGAACAUCCCUGCCCGGACUCCUACUGGACGCGCAACGGCGAGCGUCUGAAGCAGGACUUCCGAGUGUCCAUCGGCUGCAGUCUCCGACAGUACACCCUCACCAUCCGAGACUGCCAGGCCGACGACUCCGGAGAGGUGGCCUUCGUGGCUGGAGACUGCAAGACGUCUACGCGGUUUUCUGUCACUGCUGCAAGAAAGCAUCCUCCAGACCCCCCCAUUGACGUGGUGGUGCGAAACAAGACGAGCUCGUCCAUCACCCUGCAGUGGUCCCCCCCGGACAGCGACAGGCCUGUGCCCAUCAGCGGCUACAUCGUGGAAAAGAGGAAGGUGGGGGCUCAGACCUGGCAGAGGUGCAACGGCUCAGAGCUCCUCACCCAAACAGAGAUCACCAUCUCAAACUUCUCAGAGGAGGCCAGCUUCCAGUUCCGUAUCAGUGCUGUCAACAGCUAUGGUCAAAGUUCCUGUCUGGAGGUGUCUGGAAGUUUCUACCUCGAGCCCACGGCGGAGUUGAAGUCCGCACUGGUGAACAGCACGGUCAUCUACGGCGAGGAGGGCUCCCUGUCCGUGGAGCUGACCGCCGUCUGCUCAGGAUUCUGGUCCCUGAACGGACGCCUCCUGCGCAGUGGCGCCGACUACCUCAUCACCCGCUCCAAGAACACGCACACGCUACUCAUACGCAACGUCCUGUUGGAGAUGGAUCGGGCAGAGGUCAAGUUUGUGGGUGGUGGCUCUGAGAGCAGCUGUGUACUGACUGUGAAGAUGCCAUCUGUGAGGUUCACCAGUAGACCAGACCAGGUGGAGGUGGUGACCUGCAGUGCUCAGUCAUCCGCUGAGCUGACCACAGAAGUGUCUGAUUACGACGUCAAGGUGGUCUGGAUGAUGAACGGACGAGAGUUAAAGAUUGGCAAGAAGUAUGAGUAUGUCAUCACAAACCGCAAGAGGAUCCUGAUUGUCCACAAUGUCACUGAGGAGGAUGUGGGCAUCUAUGAAUGUGUGCUGGAUAAUGAUAGGAUAUCCUUGCAGCUCGCGCUUAAAGAUGAGCCAGCCAAGUUCCUGAACAAGCCUCGGGGCCCCAUGGCUGUGGCCCCCGUCCUGACAGGAGAUCUGGAGCUGAGCUGUGAGGUGUCUUCUGCCAGCAGUGUGGUGGUCUGGAGGAAGGAUGGGACGCAGAUUGCCGAGGACCAAAGGACCACCAUCAUCUCCAGAGGGACGGAUAGGAGGCUGAUCAUCAAGAAGGCCAAGAAGAGCGACGAGGGACACUACUCCUGUGAGACACAGGCAGACAAAGUUACAUUCCAGGUCAAGAUAAAAGAAACGCAAGACGAACAGGCUGCCUUCUCCAACAAGGAGUCUGUCCAGAAGGAGGUGAAAGCCUCCAUAUCCCAGAAAGCUACUCUGAGCUGUGAGGUGUCUGAUACCAAGACAGAGGUGAAAUGGUACAAGGAUGGCAAGCUGCUGACCUCCAGUAAGACAGUCUGCAUGGAGACAAAGGGCAAGAGUCGUCAGCUGGUGAUAGAAAAGGUGGAGAAGAAGGAUGCAGGAGAGUACACCUGUGAAGCUGGAACAGAGAAGCUCAACUUCAAAUUACAGGUGGCAGAAGCCCAGGCUGCCUUCUCCAACAAGGAGUCUGUCCAGAAGGAGGUGAAAGCCUCCAUCUCCCAGAAAGCUACUCUGAGCUGUGAGGUGUCUGAUACCAAGACAGAGGUGAAAUGGUACAAGGAUGGCAAGCUGCUGACCUCCAGUAAGACAAUCUGCAUGGAGACAAAGGGCAAGAGUCGUCAGCUGGUGAUAGAAAAGGUGGAGAAGAAGGAUGCAGGAGAGUACACCUGUGAAGCUGGAACAGAGAAGCUCAACUUCAAAUUACAGGUGGCAGAAGCCCAGGCUGCCUUCUCCAACAAGGAGUCUGUCCAGAAGGAGGUGAAAGCCUCCAUCUCCCAGAAAGCUACUCUGAGCUGUGAGGUGUCUGAUACCAAGACAGAGGUGAAAUGGUACAAGGAUGGGAAGCUGCUGACCUCCAGUAAGACAAUCUGCAUGGAGACAAAGGGCAAGAGUCGUCAGCUGGUGAUAGAAAAGGUGGAGAAGAAGGAUGCAGGAGAGUACACCUGUGAAGCUGGAACAGAGAAGCUCAACUUCAAAUUACAGGUGGCAGAAGCCCAGGCUGCCUUCUCCAACAAGGAGUCUGUCCAGAAGGAGGUGAAAGCCUCCAUCUCCCAGAAAGCUACUCUGAGCUGUGAGGUGUCUGAUACCAAGACAGAGGUGAAAUGGUACAAGGAUGGGAAGCUGCUGACCUCCAGUAAGACAAUCUGCAUGGAGACAAAGGGCAAGAGUCGUCAGCUGGUGAUAGAAAAGGUGGAGAAGAAGGAUGCAGGAGAGUACACCUGUGAAGCUGGAACAGAGAAGCUCAACUUCAAAUUACAGGUGGCAGAAGCCCAGGCUGCCUUCUCCAACAAGGAGUCUGUCCAGAAGGAGGUGAAAGCCUCCAUCUCCCAGAAAGCUACUCUGAGCUGUGAGGUGUCUGAUACCAAGACAGAGGUGAAAUGGUACAAGGAUGGGAAGCUGCUGACCUCCAGUAAGACAGUCUGCAUGGAGACAAAGGGCAAGAGUCGUCAGCUGGUGAUAGAAAAGGUGGAGAAGAAGGAUGCAGGACAGUACACCUGUGAAGCUGGAACAGAGAAGCUCAACUUCAAAUUACAGGUGGCAGAAGCCCAGGCUGCCUUCUCCAACAAGGAGUCUGUCCAGAAGGAGGUGAAAGCCUCCAUCUCCCAGAAAGCUACUCUGAGCUGUGAGGUGUCUGAUACCAAGACAGAGGUGAAAUGGUACAAGGAUGGGAAGCUGCUGACCUCCAGUAAGACAAUCUGCAUGGAGACAAAGGGCAAGAGUCGUCAGCUGGUGAUAGAAAAGGUGGAGAAGAAGGAUGCAGGAGAGUACACCUGUGAAGCUGGAACAGAGAAGCUCAACUUCAAAUUACAGGUGGCAGAAGCCCAGGCUGCCUUCUCCAACAAGGAGUCUGUCCAGAAGGAGGUGAAAGCCUCCAUCUCCCAGAAAGCUACUCUGAGCUGUGAGGUGUCUGAUACCAAGACAGAGGUGAAAUGGUACAAGGAUGGGAAGCUGCUGACCUCCAGUAAGACAAUCUGCAUGGAGACAAAGGGCAAGAGUCGUCAGCUGGUGAUAGAAAAGGUGGAGAAGAAGGAUGCAGGAGAGUACACCUGUGAAGCUGGAACAGAGAAGCUCAACUUCAAAUUACAGGUGGCAGAAGCCCAGGCUGCCUUCUCCAACAAGGAGUCUGUCCAGAAGGAGGUGAAAGCCUCCAUCUCCCAGAAAGCUACUCUGAGCUGUGAGGUGUCUGAUACCAAGACAGAGGUGAAAUGGUACAAGGAUGGGAAGCUGCUGACCUCCAGUAAGACAGUCUGCAUGGAGACAAAGGGCAAGAGUCGUCAGCUGGUGAUAGAAAAGGUGGAGAAGAAGGAUGCAGGACAGUACACCUGUGAAGCUGGAACAGAGAAGCUCAACUUCAAAUUACAGGUGGCAGAAGCCCAGGCUGCCUUCUCCAACAAGGAGUCUGUCCAGAAGGAGGUGAAAGCCUCCAUCUCCCAGAAAGCUACUCUGAGCUGUGAGGUGUCUGAUACCAAGACAGAGGUGAAAUGGUACAAGGAUGGGAAGCUGCUGACCUCCAGUAAGACAAUCUGCAUGGAGACAAAGGGCAAGAGUCGUCAGCUGGUGAUAGAAAAGGUGGAGAAGAAGGAUGCAGGAGAGUACACCUGUGAAGCUGGAACAGAGAAGCUCAACUUCAAAUUACAGGUGGCAGAAGCCCAGGCUGCCUUCUCCAACAAGGAGUCUGUCCAGAAGGAGGUGAAAGCCUCCAUCUCCCAGAAAGCUACUCUGAGCUGUGAGGUGUCUGAUACCAAGACAGAGGUGAAAUGGUACAAGGAUGGGAAGCUGCUGACCUCCAGUAAGACAAUCUGCAUGGAGACAAAGGGCAAGAGUCGUCAGCUGGUGAUAGAAAAGGUGGAGAAGAAGGAUGCAGGAGAGUACACCUGUGAAGCUGGAACAGAGAAGCUCAACUUCAAAUUACAGGUGGCAGAAGCCCAGGCUGCCUUCUCCAACAAGGAGUCUGUCCAGAAGGAGGUGAAAGCCUCCAUCUCCCAGAAAGCUACUCUGAGCUGUGAGGUGUCUGAUACCAAGACAGAGGUGAAAUGGUACAAGGAUGGCAAGCUGCUGACCUCCAGUAAGACAGUCUGCAUGGAGACAAAGGGCAAGAGUCGUCAGCUGGUGAUAGAAAAGGUGGAGAAGAAGGAUGCAGGAGAGUACACCUGUGAAGCUGGAACAGAGAAGCUGAACUUCAAAUUACAGGUGGCAGAAGCCCAGGCUGCCUUCUCCAACAAGGAGUCUGUCCAGAAGGAGGUGAAAGCCUCCAUCUCCCAGAAAGCUACUCUGAGCUGUGAGGUGUCUGAUACCAAGACAGAGGUGAAAUGGUACAAGGAUGGCAAGCUGCUGACCUCCAGUAAGACAGUCUGCAUGGAGACAAAGGGCAAGAGUCGUCAGCUGGUGAUAGAAAAGGUGGAGAAGAAGGAUGCAGGAGAGUACACCUGUGAAGCGGGAGCAGAGAAGAUGGUCUUUAAGUUGCUUAUGAAAGAGUCUACUGCCAUGUUCCAGAAAAAGUCAGCUGUGAAGGAGACAUGCAGUGUUCAAGCCAGUGAGAAAAUUGUUUUUACCACUGAGCUGACUUCCGAGAGCGUGAGCGUGAAGUGGUUCAGGGAUGGAGUGGAGCUGAAGGAGGGAUCCAAGUAUGAGAUAAAGAAAGAGGGUCUGUCUCGUACCCUGGUGGUCAAGUCGGCCGAAGUCAAAGAUAGCGGAACAUACUUUUGUCAGACAGUGGAUGACAAGCAGGAGUUUACUGCCCAAGUCAAAGAUUCGCCCCUGAAGUUUGCGGUCCAGUUGGAGUGUGUUUCCACGGAGCUGGGCGGUACCCUGACCCUGGUGUGUGAGCUGAAACGAGCGUCAGGAGACGUUCUCUGGCGCCAUAGUGGCCGUGAGGUCAAACCCGGAGGCAGGUUCAGUGUGGGCGCUGAGGGCACCAAGCGGAUCUUGACUGUGACCGGCACGACAAAAGAAGAUGAGGGGGAGUACAGCUGUGAAUGCAAGGAUGACAAGACCUCUGCCAAGGUCUCCAUUAAAGCUCCAAGGUUGGUAAGGCUGACCUCCAAGUUGAGCAAUGUGGUUGCUUCUGAGGGCAAGGACGCCAUCUUCAAGUGCAGUGUCACCCCAGCCGACGCCAAGGUGAAAUGGCUCUGCAACAACGUGCCCCUCACCGAUGGACUCAAGUACAAGAUUGAGCACGGGGGCACCAGCCACUCUCUCACCAUCACCUCCGUGUCCCAGGAGGACGCAGGCGAGAUCAGUGUGGACACAGAGGGCAAGGGAUGCAAGGCCACUCUCCAAGUGCAACAGGUCCCAGUGCUCUUCAAGAAGAAACUGGAGAACGUGACGGUGGAGGAGCAGGCAGAGGUGAAGCUGGAGGUGGAGCUGAGCAGGCCGUCGGCCGAGGUCAGGUGGAUGAAGAACAGCGUGGUGCUGCAGUCUGGAGGGAACAUGGAGAUCAGGGUGGAGGGGGCCAAGCAGACCCUGGUCUUCAAGAGCGUGGUCUACGCAGACAGGGGAUUCUACUCCUGCGAGACCCUGGAUGACAAAACCCAGGCCAAACUCACCGUGGAGAUGAAAAAGAUCCAGAUAGUGAAGGGCCUGUCGGAGCUGAAGGCCACUGAGAAGGAGACGGUGACACUGGAGGUGGAGUUGAGCCAGGCUGACGUGGAAGGCUCCUGGACCAGGGAUGGGGCCAAGCUGAAGGUCGGCCCCAACUGCCGGAUCACCGCCCUGGGGAACAAGCAUGCCUUAACCCUGUCCCAGCUCAAGAUGGAGGACGCAGGAACCAUAGCCUUCCAAGCAGAGGGGGUCCAUACCGCUGCAAAGCUUAUUGUAACAGAACCUGUUGCUAUGAUAUCUAAACCUAUGGAGGAUAUCAAAGCCCCAGAAAAAGACAAGGUCACUUUUGAAUGUGAAGUAUCUAAAACAAACGCUGAGGUCAAGUGGUUCAAGGGUGACACUGAGCUGAAGCCAGGAAAGACCAUUGGUAUCCACUCCCAGGGGCGUAAGCGUAGCAUGAUCAUCCACAAAUGUUCCCAAGAGGACCAGGGCACCUAUGGCUGCCGCACUGCUGAUGACAACACCUCUGCCAAGCUCACCGUUCAUGCCAGAGAGAUAACGAUCGUGAAAAAUCUGGAAGACUUGGAGGUGACGGAGAAGGAGAGCGCCGCGUUUGUCUGCGAGAUUUCUCAUGACGAGGUGGAGUGCCACUGGUUCAAAGGCAACACCAAACUCAAGGCCGGGGACAACAUCAAGAUGAGACAGGAGGGUAAAACCUAUGUGCUGCUGUUUAAGUCGGUGACGGUAGAAGAUGCAAGUGAGAUUAAAUUCACAGCUGAGAAAGUUUCCUCGACAGCCAACCUGAAAGUCAAAGAGCUGCCUGUCAAGUUUGUGAAGAAGCUCAGGGAUAAGAUAGCCAUGUUCAAGCACCGCGGACACCUGGAGUGCCAAGUGUCUCGGGCCAGUGCUAAAGUCAAGUGGUACAAGAACAAGAAGGAGCUCAAGCCCAGCAAGAAGCACGAGAUUGGCGGUGAAGGCGUGUACCGCAAACUCACCAUCAACGACAUCGGGGAGGAUGAUGAGGACACCUACACCUGUGAUGCCGGCGAUGACAAGACUUCUUGUAAAAUGCUGGUGGAAGAACAGGCCAUAAGUAUAGUGAGGGAGCUAAGUGCUGUGGAGGUGACGGAGCCCUUCGCUGCCGUCUUCAAAGUGGAGAUCAGCAUGGAGUCUGUCAAGCCUGUCAAGUGGACGCUGAACGGCGUGGCCGUGCAGGAGAGCGCCGACGUGGAGAUGGAGAAGGAGGGCACCAUGCACCGCCUCACCUUCAAGAAGACCAAGGCAUCCAUGACGGGACCUGUACAGUUCACCGCUGGCAAGAGCAAGUCUGUGACCCAGCUCACUGUCAAAGAGCGCCCCCUAGAGGUGGUGGAGCCCAUCAAGGACGUGAAGGCCAAGGAGAAAGCCUCAGUCACCUUGAGCUGCAAGUUCUCCACUCCGCCAAAGGAGGUGAGCUGGUUCAAAGGUGAGACCACCCUGGUGGCGUCAGACAAGCUCAGCCUGAAGCUGGACGCUGCGUGCGCUCAGCUGACCAUCCAGAAGCUGAUUGGUGAGGACUCAGGGGAGUACCGCUGUCAGUCUGAACUGGCCGAGACCAAAGCCACUCUCACUGUCGAAGUUCGAGAGGUGAAGAUCACCAAGAGCCUGUCUGACACUGAGGUGGAUGAGGACAGCGAUGCUCUGCUGACCUGUGAGAUCAACUACGCCGAUGAGGAGGUGCAGUGGCUACUGAACGACAAGGCCCUCUUCACCAACGAGGUCAACACCAUCACACACAUGGGGAAAGUGCACACGUUGACACUCAAAAACCUGGCGCCUGAAGACGGAGGAAUAAUUACCUUCAGUGUCCGGGACAUCAAAGAGUCGGUCACUCUUAAGGUCAAAGAGAAGAGAGCUGUGUUCCUCAAGUCUCUGGACGAUGUGGUCGGGGAGGAGAAAGGCAUGAUCACUCUGGCAUGUGAGGCCUCUAAGCCCAGGGUGUCCCCUGCCUGGAGGAAAGAUGGUAAAGUCCUGGCGGCCAGUCCUAAGUAUGAGCUGCUACACACAGGGAAGUCUCUGGGGUUGAUCAUCAAGGACGUCACCAAGGAGGACGCAGGGGAGUACAGCUGUGACUUGGGAACCGAGGUCUCGAAGUCACAGGUCACUGUGAGAGACCUGAGUGUCGGUAUCACUAAGUGGUUGAAGUCUGCAGAGGUGAAUGAGGGAGAGACGUGCAGCUUUGAGUGCAUCCUUUCACGAGAGACCACAGACGAGUGCUGCUGGACGGUGAAUGGCAAGGCCGUCACAGAGGGUGGGCGCUUCAACAUGUCCAGCAAAGGACGCAAGUACAUUCUGACCAUCAAGGAUGCGACACCAGCUGAUGCUGGAGAGGUGAUCUUCAACCUCAAGGACCUGAACACCAAGGCCACAUUAGCAGUUGAAGGCUUAGCCAAGUCGGUGUUUCGCGAGCUCCAGAACGUCAGGGUGGUGGCAGGAGAGGACUCGGUGUUCAGCUGUGAGGUCACUCAGACCAGCGCCUCCGUCAAGUGGGCCAAGGAUGGCAAGGCCAUCAAGAAGAGCCAGAAGUACUCCCUCAGCCAGGAGGAGAAGGUCAUGAAGCUCACCGUCCAUAGCGUCAGCGCACAGGACUCGGGGGAAUACAGCUGUGAGGUUGUGGGAGGGGCCACUACCAAGGCCAAGCUGGAGGUCCAAGAACCCGUCCACAAGUUCACCAAGGAGCUGAAGGACGGCCAGGGGGAGGAGAAGGGGACCGUCACCCUGCAGUGUGAGACGGCCCAGCCUGCCACCAAGGUCACCUGGUACAAGGGCUCCACAGAGCUCCAGACCGGGGGACGCUACGAGAUCACCCAGAAGGAAGGCGUCUGCAGCCUGACCAUCCGGCAGCUGGAGGAGGCAGAUAGCGACACCUACUCCUGCGAUGUAGGCACUGCCAAGAGCGCUGCCAAGCUGACGGUCAAAGCCUUACCUCCGAGUUUCAAACAGAAGCUGAAGAACCAGGAGGCCACGGAAGGCCAGAAUGUGACCCUCAGCUGUGAGUUGUCCAAACCUGGGGUCAAAGUUCAGUGGAAGAAGGGCUCAGAGAAUCUGCAGGCCGGAGACAAGUAUGAGAUGAAGCAGAGAGACUCUUCUCUGGAGCUCAAGGUCAAAACUCUGAAGGUGGAGGACAGUGGAGAGUACUGCUGUGAGUGUGGAGACCAGAAGACCAACGCUACCGUCAAAGUCAAUGCAUUGCCUGUGACGAUCAAGCAGAAGCUACAGAGCCAGGAGGCUGAGGAGGGGGGCAGUGUCACCCUGCACUGUGAGCUCUCUAAACCUGGACUCCCUGUGGAGUGGAGGAAGGGAACACAGCAGCUGAAGUCUGGAGGAAAGUACCAGAUGAAGCAGGAAGCCUCUGUGAGUGAACUCCUGAUCAGCAAAGUGGCUCCAGAGGACAGUGGAGAAUACAGCUGUGUGUGUGGAGACCUGAAGACCACCGCCAGCAUCAAGAUCAAGGCCUUACCUCCGAGUUUCAAACAGAAGCUGAAGAACCAGGAGGCCACGGAAGGCCAGAAUGUGACCCUCAGCUGUGAGUUGUCCAAACCUGGGGUCAAAGUUCAGUGGAAGAAGGGCUCAGAGAAUCUGCAGGCCGGAGACAAGUAUGAGAUGAAGCAGAGAGACUCUUCUCUGGAGCUCAAGGUCAAAACUCUGAAGGUGGAGGACAGUGGAGAGUACUGCUGUGAGUGUGGAGACCAGAAGACCAACGCUACCGUCAAAGUCAAUGCAUUGCCUGUGACGAUCAAGCAGAAGCUACAGAGCCAGGAGGCUGAGGAGGGGGGCAGUGUCACCCUGCACUGUGAGCUCUCUAAACCUGGACUCCCUGUGGAGUGGAGGAAGGGAACACAGCAGCUGAAGUCUGGAGGAAAGUACCAGAUGAAGCAGGAAGCCUCUGUGAGUGAACUCCUGAUCAGCAAAGUGGCUCCAGAGGACAGUGGAGAAUACAGCUGUGUGUGUGGAGACCUGAAGACCACCGCCAGCAUCAAGAUCAAGGCCUUACCUCCGAGUUUCAAACAGAAGCUGAAGAACCAGGAGGCCACGGAAGGCCAGAAUGUGACCCUCAGCUGUGAGUUGUCCAAACCUGGGGUCAAAGUUCAGUGGAAGAAGGGCUCAGAGAAUCUGCAGGCCGGAGACAAGUAUGAGAUGAAGCAGAGAGACUCUUCUCUGGAGCUCAAGGUCAAAACUCUGAAGGUGGAGGACAGUGGAGAGUACUGCUGUGAGUGUGGAGACCAGAAGACCAACGCUACCGUCAAAGUCAAUGCAUUGCCUGUGACGAUCAAGCAGAAGCUACAGAGCCAGGAGGCUGAGGAGGGGGGCAGUGUCACCCUGCACUGUGAGCUCUCUAAACCUGGACUCCCUGUGGAGUGGAGGAAGGGAACACAGCAGCUGAAGUCUGGAGGAAAGUACCAGAUGAAGCAGGAAGCCUCUGUGAGUGAACUCCUGAUCAGCAAAGUGGCUCCAGAGGACAGUGGAGAAUACAGCUGUGUGUGUGGAGACCUGAAGACCACCGCCAGCAUCAAGAUCAAGGCCUUACCUCCGAGUUUCAAACAGAAGCUGAAGAACCAGGAGGCCACGGAAGGCCAGAAUGUGACCCUCAGCUGUGAGUUGUCCAAACCUGGGGUCAAAGUUCAGUGGAAGAAGGGCUCAGAGAAUCUGCAGGCCGGAGACAAGUAUGAGAUGAAGCAGAGAGACUCUUCUCUGGAGCUCAAGGUCAAAACUCUGAAGGUGGAGGACAGUGGAGAGUACUGCUGUGAGUGUGGAGACCAGAAGACCAACGCUACCGUCAAAGUCAAUGCAUUGCCUGUGACGAUCAAGCAGAAGCUACAGAGCCAGGAGGCUGAGGAGGGGGGCAGUGUCACCCUGCACUUUGAGCUCUCUAAACCUGGACUCCCUGUGGAGUGGAGGAAGGGAACACAGCAGCUGAAGUCUGGAGGAAAGUACCAGAUGAAGCAGGAAGCCUCUGUGAGUGAACUCCUGAUCAGCAAAGUGGCUCCAGAGGACAGUGGAGAAUACAGCUGUGUGUGUGGAGACCUGAAGACCACCGCCAGCAUCAAGAUCAAGGCUUUGAAGGCCCCUGCUCCUGCAGUCCAUUCCAAAGAGGAGCCUCAGAAACAGGAAACCAAGGGAGGCCAAGCUGUGGAGGCCCCGGCUGCUCCAGUAGCUACCAAAGAAGAAACUCAAAAGCAGAAGGGGGAAAAGGGAAGCCAAGCGGUGGACACUGCAGCUGUUCCAGAACUUUCCAAAGAGAAAGAGAGCAAGGCACCAACAGAAGCCCCAAAGCCUCACACACCUGUAGAGACUCCCAAGCAUGAGAAUCAGAAGCAGGCACCCAAGGAAGGGGAAGCAGCUCCAACUUCUCCUAAGAAGUCCCAGAAGCAAGAGGCUAAAGAUGCUGGAGAAGUACCAGAGAAUCCCUCAGUUCCUGCAGCUCCCAUCACUCAAGGACCAGUGAAGCAGGCAACAGAAGUGGAAGUACCGAAGCCUGCAGCAUUGGUUGCGGCUGCAGUACCUGCUGUACAUCCUGCACCUGCAGUACCUGCUAAGGAACCUGUGGUACCUACACAGGAACCUGUGGCACCUGCACAGGAACCUGUGGUACCUGCAAAGGAACCUGUGGUACCAGCAAAGGAACCUGUGGUACCAGCAAAGGAACCUGUGGUACCUGCAAAGGAACCUGUGGUACCAGCAAAGGAACCUGUGGUACCAGCAAAUGAACUUGUGGUACUUGCUAAGGAACAUGUGGUACCUGCAAAGGAACCUGUGGUACCUGCUGCACCUGUGGUUUCUGCAGUCACGCCCAAAAAAGAACCUAAGAAAAAGGAGACCAAAGACAAAUCAGAAGUCAAUGAAGAAGUUGUGAAGCCUGCUGCCCCCGCUGCCACCGAGACAGAAGUACAGAAGAAGACUGGGGACAAGGAGGCUGUUGUUGGGGCCCCUGAGGCACCAGUAACUCCCUCUGGGGCCCAACCAGACAGUGCAAAGGAGGAGAUGGAUGCAGUGCUCCCGCUCCAGGGUCAUACUCAUCCAACCUCUUCAUUCCCAGCUUUUCCAAUUACUUUCACACGAGAGCUACAGAGCCAGGAGGCUGAGGAGGGGGGCAGUGUCACCCUGCACUGUGAGCUCUCUAAACCUGGACUCCCUGUGGAGUGGAGGAAGGGAACACAGCAGCUGAAGUCUGGAGGAAAAUACCAGAUGAAGCAGAUAGGGUGUGCUGUUGAGCUGCAGAUCUGGAACUUGAAGUCUGAGGACAUGGGAAGAUACACUUGCGGCACAGAAGAUAUAGUGAGCUUGGCUUGGCUUACAGUUAAUGCUGUUCCAGUCGUUUUCACACGAGAGCUACAGAGCCAGGAGGCUGAGGAGGGGGGCAGUGUCACCCUGCACUGUGAGCUCUCUAAACCUGGACUCCCUGUGGAGUGGAGGAAGGGAGAAGUGGGUCUCUGCCCCUGUGCCAAGUAUAGAAUCAGCCAGGAAGGGAAAAGUGCCAGCCUCGUCAUCCAUAACUUAGACCCGGAUGACUGUGGAAGCUACACCGCUGACAGCGGCCAGCGGCACAGCACGGCCUUCCUAACCGUCAAGGCUUCGCCUGUCUUCUUCAGAAGUGGGCUCCAGGAUGUUGAGGUGGAGGCAGGGCAGAUGGCCACCCUGCGCUGUGAGACCACCAGGCCCUGGGCGGCCGUGGUGUGGAGGUGGGGGGACACGUUCCUGGAGGCCAGCAGCAAGUACCACCUGAGACAGGAGGGAGUUGUAGUUCAGCUGACGAUAUUUAAACUACAGGGGGCUGACUCUGGGGAGUACUCCUGUGAGACAGGCGACCAGAGGGUCUCAGCCAACCUCACAGUGAAGGGUAGGGUUACUGGCACUCCUGCUGUGCUGUCCUUCACAAACAGCCUUUCCUUUUCCAGUCAUCUGCUUUUAUCAUCUUGUGAGCUUGCAUUCACACUUCACUCCUCCACUUUCCUGCCUUCAUUAACCAAGCCACAAUGCCGACUCUUUCAAACAGAGGUGGAGGUGACCAUCGUCAAGUUCCUGGAGAGCUGUGUGGUGCGCCAGGGCGACGACGUCCACUUCCAGUGCCUGGUGUCCCACACGGACACGCCCCGGGCCCAGUGGACGCUGCAGGACGUCCCCCUGCAGAACAAUGAGAUGAACGUGAUCAGGGCCGAGGGCUGUGCGCACAGCCUCACCCUCAGGGGCGUCACCCAAGCCGACUCAGGCACCGUCACCUUCUCGGUGGGUAACCACACCUCCACAGCCAGCCUGACGGUCAAAGCGGCCCCCGUGGAGUUCAAGAAGGAGCUGACGUGCCAGGAGACAGUGGAGGGGGCUAGCACCACCCUGUCCUGCGAGACGACCAGCGCAGAGGGCUGUGUGACCUGGAGGAAGGGCUCCAUGCUGCUGACCCAGGGGGAGAAGUACUCCAUGGAGCAGACAGGCUCCAUCCAUACCUUGGUGGUGCUCAAGUUGAAGGCGGAGGAUGCUGGAGACUAUACCUGCGAUACGGGGGACAAGCAGAGCACUGCCACCCUGACUGUCAAAGAGAGCGUUUGGAUCACCCGCAAGCUCCACGACGUCACAGUGACCACCGGACAGGACGCCGUGUUUGAAGUGGAGCUGUCCCAGGUCGGGGUGUCUGGAGCAGAGUGGUGGCUGGGGGAUAACCUGCUCCAGAAUAACGACCUGAACGAGAUGAGCUGCGAGGGCAGAGUCCACCGCCUGGCUCUGAAGAUGGUCACCACAGACGAGUGUGGGGAUGUGGCCUUCGUGCUGGGGGAGGAGAAGAGCGUGGCCUGCCUUCUGGUCGAGGAGAAGCCUAAAGUUCUAAUCCUAGAAAAGCCCCACAAUACCACGGCCCUGGAGGGUGAGACUGUCACCCUCUCCUGCACCAUCUCUGAACCUGAGGCCACCGUCACCUGGGUCAGGAACGGCGAUACGGUCAAAGCGGGGCCCAAGUAUGACCUGAGGAGGAACGGGGCUCUCCAGCAGCUCCGCAUCCACAACCUGGAGCCCGGGGACUCUGGGACCUACUCCUGCGACACCGGAGACGCCCAGUGCUCCAUCACCCUCACCGUGGAAGGUGCUCCGGUGUUCUUCCAGAAGGAGCUGAAGAACCAGGAGGCCAUCGAGGGAGAUGAUAUCACCCUCAGCUGCGAGAUGUCCAAGCCUGGCGCUCAUGUUGAGUGGAGGAAAGGAGGGGUGGUGCUCCAGGAGGGUAAGAAGUACCAGAUGAAGCAGGAGGGGUGCGUUCAGGAGCUGUGCAUCCGCAACGUGGAGCCCGAGGACAACGGCUACUACACUUGCGAUGCAGGAGACCAGCUGACCACAUGCUCAGUGGCUGUAGAAGCCAAAGAGGUCCUCAUAGUGUGUGGUCUAAAGACCAUCGACGUCUUUAUGGGCGAGUGGGCCACCUUCUCCUGCCAGCUGUCUGGCAGGGCAGCAGGGGAGGUGCAGUGGUGGCUGGACGGCACCCUUCUGGAGCACAACCCCUUCAGCGAGAUAGGGCUGUCCCUGGGCCACGUCCACACCCUCACCCUAAAGACGCUGGAGCCCGACGACUCGGGCACGGUCACGUUCAAGGCUGGCAGCCUGGUGUCCACCGCCAAGCUCUUAGUCAAAGACCCCACAGUAGAGGUGGUGAGCGAGAUGGAGGACCUGCUAGUGCUGGAGGAGCAGCCAGCUGAGUUCAUCUGCCAGUACUCCCGGCCCGUCAAGGCCCAGUGGAGGAAGGAUGGUCGGCCGCUGCAGCCGGACGGCCAGAGGGUGGUGGUGGAGCAGGACUGGAAUGUGGCCCGCUUGUUCAUUAGCCGCGUGUCGGCCGAGGACAGGGGCACCUACUCCUGUGAGGCAGAGGGGACCUGCGUGGUCGCCUCGCUGGAGGUAGAAGCCAAACCCAUCGACAUUGUGCAGGGCCUGGAGAACCUGGACACCAUAGACGGGGGCGAGGCGCUCUUCGAGUGCGCUCUCUCUCGUCCCGAGACCAAAGACUGCCGUUGGCUGCUGAACGGCAAGCCAGUGAAGGAGUCCCCUAACGCGGAGAUAGUGGCGUUCGAGAGCGGCCGGCGCCACCUGCUGCUGCUGAAAGAGCUGCGUGUCGGGGACAGCUGUACGGUGGCCUUCCAGGCCGGCUCAGCAAGCACAUCUGCCCAGCUCUCAGUCAAAGGCUGGCAGCUGGAUGUCGUGAAGGGUCUGGAGGACACGGUGGCGGUAGUGGGCCAGACCGUGGCGUUCUGCUGUCAACUGACGGAGCCCGUACCCGAGGCCGAGGUCAAUUGGUACGCCAACGGCGCCGAGCUGAAGGCAGGCGACACCUGGGCCAUGCGGGCUGACGGCUGCUCCUAUCACCUGGUGCUGAGACAGGCGCCAGCCUUGCCCAUCCAGGAGAUCACCUUCGCAGCCCGCGACGCCAUCUCUAUCGCCAAGCUGUCUGUCAUUGCUGUGCCAGACCCUCCGGAGGACCCAGAGCUGGUCAGCAAGAGUAAACAGUCAGUGACCCUGUCCUGGUUCACCCCCCUCCAUGACGGCGGUAGCCCCAUCCUGGGCUACAGGGUGGAAAUGAGACUGGCCGACAGCGCCCUCUGGCUGCCCUGCCACACAGAGCCUGUGUGUAACACCGAGUUUGUCGUGGACAACCUCAUUCCUGGCGGUGGCUACCGGUUCCGAGUGGCAGCCAUCAACAAAGCCGGAACGGGAGAGCCCGUUCAGCUUCCUCAGACCGUCCAGCUUGAGGCUCCAGUGACAGUGGACAAGCCCCUGUCCACCUCGGACCUGCAGGUGGGCCAGAUGGCUCGUGUGGAGUGCCAGCUCUCUGCUGAGGGGGUUUCAGUCACGUGGCUGAAAGACAGCAAGGAGCUGGAGAUGGGGGUCAAGUACCAGGCCACCACUGAGGGCAGGAGCCAGGUGCUGCUCAUCAAGGGCUUUGAGGCCAGCGACCAGGGGGUGUACACUUGCGUGACCCCAGGAGACGCCGAGAGCUCCAUCAACCUCAACCUGAAAGAGUCUGAUAAGGCAGAGCUUGAGGAGGGCAUCCAGCCUAGCUUGCCCCCUGAGGCCGCCUCCGAGGGGGACGUCCACGCCCUGUGGGAGGCCCUGGCUAAGAAACGGCGCAUGAGCCGCGAGCCCACCCUGGACUCCAUCUCAGAGCUACCAGAGGAGGACAAGGAGCCCAAGGAGCCAGCCAAGGAGGAGACAGCAGGUGAGAAUCAAGAGGCGAAGGCCCUAGAGAACGUGGAGAUUAAAGUUCCAGAGGGAGAGCGGGCCGCGGAGCCCAGCCUAUACAUUAGCUCUGAAGACGAGGCCACGCUGGUCUCCUACCUGAAGAAGAGCUGCAAGGCUACUCUCUCCUCAGGUCAGUCCAUCGCCACUGACAAGUUCUACGCCCAGAUGUUCCAGGUGUCGGAGCAGACCACCACAGUGGUCCAGAAGACUUCUUCACAGGAGGCAGAGGUCUCGGACCUCACUAAGAAGGACGAGCCGGAUCUUCUAGAUGCUGCUGUCAAGAUCCAGGCAGCCUUCAAGGGCUACAAAGCCCGUAAGGACAUGCGUCCUGUCUUCAAGGACGUCUUCAAGGACCAGACCAAGGAGCCAAAUGGGACCAUCCACCUGGAGUGUGUUGCCGAGGGCAAGCCCGAUAAGGUGCGCUGGCUGAAGGACGGAGAGUCUCUGGCCGACGGCAAACACCACCACAUCGACAUCUACAAUGACGGCACCUCCUCCCUGGUCAUCACUGCCGUCACCACCAAGGACACCGGGGUGUACACUUGCGAGGUCACCAACAAGUUUGGUGUGACCAGCCACAGCGCCAAGGUGACGGUGGGCUCAGCGAGGGAGUCGUCCGGCCGCCGCCCGCUGACUGUGGGUUACAGCGCCGACAGCGAGCCCGAGAGCUCUUCGGGCAGUGAGAUGGACGAGUCCUUGAGGCAGGCCGGAAAACGCCUCCGCCGCCUCCUACGGACGCGCCUCCCACCCAACCUGGAGGAGGAGCCCUUCAUCAGCGCCGACGAGGGAGACCUGUGUCCCCCGGACCCUCAGUCAUACCGCGAGGACGAGCGUUACAUCUACAUCCGCUUUGACGCGCGGGCUGAGGCGGAGGUGGCCUCCCAGAGGUUCCAGGAGAUGUUCACCGCCCAGGGCGUCCCCGUGGAGACCACCAUCAUGGACGGGCAGGGGCUGAAGGUGGAGCUACGCAUCAUGAAGAUGGGGUACACCCAGGACGGCUCCCAGACCCCCACACAGGAGAAACCGAUGCCCUCUUUCAUGACGGGAGCCCCUGCCGCCCCUGUCUUCCUGACCGAGCUGCACAGCCAGGACGUGCCUGACGGCUACCCGGUCAGCUUCGACUGCGUGGUGAUCGGCAAGCCGCCGCCCAGCGUGCGCUGGUACAAGGACGGCAAGCUGCUGGAGGAGAACGACCACUACAUGAUCAACGAGGACCAGGAGGGCUGCCACCAGCUCAUCAUCACCACAGCGCUGCCCUCCGACAUGGGCGCAUACCGCUGCACGGCCGAGAACAGCAGCGGCGUCGCCGCCACCGCGGCGGAGCUCAGGGUCGACGUCUCCUGCAGCUCAGAUUAUGACACUGCUGCCGAUGCCACCGAGACCUCUUCCUACAUCAGUGCCAAAGGUUACCAGUCUAGGGAAACGGAGUCCUUCGAGUCUGUGUCUGAGGAUGACCAGCUCCCCCAAGUGGUGGACGAGCUUCACGACGUCCACAUCAGUCCAGGCUCACCCGUCGCUAAGAUGCAGCUCAGAGUCAAAGGCUUCCCCAGGCCCAGGCUGUACUGGUUCAAGGACAGCUGCCCGCUGAGGCCCUCUGACCGGCUGCUGCUGAUGACCAAGGGGGACAUCCACAGCCUGGAGGUCCUGAAGGUGAACAGGGAGGACACCGGGGAGUACUCCGUCUACAUCAGCAACGCUGCCGGCUCCGCCUACUCCUCGGCCAGGCUGCUGGUUCUAGGCCCAGGAGAGAUUGUGCCAGAAGAUCCUAAGAUUAAAGACUCCAAAGAGCCUCUGGUGCCUCCCCGCUUCCUGGAGAGGUUCAGCAACAGGAAGGUGAAGCAGGGAGCCAGCAUCACCUUGUCUGUCAGAGUGGAAGGUUCCCCUGCUCCCCUGGUGAGCUGGUUGAAGGAGGAGUCGGUCGAGGACGUGCUGUGGAUCAAGCCUGACACCAAGGGCUUCAAGGUGGCCAGCUCCGGGUGCCAGCACAGCCUCAUCCUCAUGGAUGUGGGCCCAGAGUACAGCGGCGCCUACACCUGCAUCGCCACCAACAGGGCCGGCCAAUCCAUCGUCACCGCUCAUCUGGAGGUGGAGGAAGGGCCACGACCAAAGGAAGAGACCAAAGUUCCAGAAGUUUUGGGCAUCACCAUCAGUCCUCCAGAGGAAGAAGCAGCCAGGGGGAAAGCAGAGAGUAAGAUGCCCUUCCUGGGUGACGUGGGGACCGAGGAGUUCCUGAUGAAGCUCACCUCUCAGAUCACGGAGAUGGUGUCCGCCAAGAUCAGUCAAGACAGCUUACAGAACCAUCAAGUGCUCCAGUGGAUGAAAUCAUGGCCCAAACCACCCACAGCCUCCCUCCGAGUCCCAGGGGCCGACAGCGACGACGAGACCAAGACCCCUUCGGCCGCGUCCCACCAUGGCCGCUCGCGCCCCGCCUCCCUCAUUGUGGACUCCUCCUCUGAGUCAGACGAAGGAGACGCGAGGGGAGAGAUGUUUGACAUUUACGUCGCCACGGCCGACUACAACCCCACCAUCGCCAACAAAGAGACCAUCGCUCUGAAGGAAGGCCAAUACGUUGAGGUUCUGGACUUGGCACACCCACUCAAAUGGCUGGUACGGACCAAACCCACCAAAACCACCCCGUCACGCCAGGGAUGGGUGUCCCCUGCCUAUCUGGACAAGAAACUGAAGCCAUCUGCUGAGGCUGGUGACCUGCCGGAGACGGGGUCAGAGGAGGUGUCCGAGGGCGAGUACAGGAAGAGACUAAGCCAACUGAUCCAGGAGCUAAUCAGCAGUGAGGGAGAGUUCAUCAAGGAGAUGGACUUCUUCACCUCCCACCACCUGAAGCAGGCGGACAGUCCUGAUGCUCCCUCAGACAUCGCCAGCCAGAAGGAGGCCAUAUUCAGGAAUGUGGAGGAGAUCAAGGCUUUCCAUAGCGGGUCCAUGCUUCCGAAGCUGAACGAGUGCGACACAGACGAUGACGUGGCCAUGCGCUUCCUGAGAAACACUGAGGGCUUUGAGAAGUACCUCCAGUACCUGGUGGGCCAGACCCAGGCUGAGUCUGCCGUCAGCGACAAGGCCGUCCACCGCUUCUUCAAGGAGUACACAGAAACAGUGCAGGCUGAGGCCGAUCCUGAAGGACCUCCAGUCCUGAGCAUCAACUCCUACCUGCAGAGACCCUUAGAGAGGAUCCAGCAGUACAAGGCCCUGCUCAAGGAGCUCAUCCGGAACAAAGCCCGGAACGGUCAGAACUGCUGCCUGCUGGAAGAGGCCUAUGCCAUGGUGUCAUCCCUGCCCCAGCGUUCUGAGAACACCCACCACGUCUCCCUGAUCGGUAACUACCCAGCCACCUUGGAUGUCCUGGGAGAGCCCAUCAGACAGGGGCCAUUCACGGUGUGGGAAGGGGCCCCUGGUGUCAGGACCUCAUCCAGGGGCCACCAUCGCCACGUGUUCCUCUUCAAGAAUUACGUCCUCAUCUGCAAGCCCAAGAGAGACACCAACACGGACACUCAAACAUAUGUCUUCAAGAACAUGAUGAAGCUGAACAACAUUGAUGUGAACGAGACCGUGGAGGGGGAUGACCGGGCCUUUGAGAUCUGGCAUGAGCGCGAGGACACUGUGAGGAAGUACACCCUGCAGGCGCGCACCGUGGUCAUCAAGAACUCCUGGCUCCGAGAGUUCCGAGACCUGCAGCAGCGCUACAGCAUGCCCGUCUGGAGUCCCCCUGACUUUGACGAGGUCCUGGCUGACUGCACCGCUGAGCUGGGCCAGACCAUCAAGCUUGCCUGCAGAGCCAUCGGAACCCCCAAGCCUGUAGUCACCUGGUACAAGGAUGGCCGCGCUGUGGAGGCUGAUCCUCACCACAUCAUUAUCGAGGACCCCGACGGCUCCUGCACCCUCAUCCUGGACAACAUGACGGCCGACGACUCGGGCCAGUACAUGUGCUUCGCCACCAGCACGGCAGGCAACGCCAGCACGCUGGGAAAGAUCACCGUCCAAGUGCCGCCACGCUUCAAGAACAAGCUGAGGAACUCCACCCUGGUUGCUGGAGAAGAUGUCCAGUUCAGCUGCAUCAUCCAGAGCGCCCCCCUUCCCAAGAUCAGGUGGUUCAAGGAUGGCAGGCUGUUGACCGACCAGGAGAAGUACCAAACCUACAGUGAGUCCAGGAGUGGUGUUGUGGUGCUGGUCAUCAAGGGGCCCACUGAGAGGGACCUGGGACACUACGAGUGUGAGCUGUCCAACCGCCUGGGCAGUGCUAGAUGUGCAGCUGACCUGGUCCUACCCACGGCUGUCGCUCGGACAGGGGAACAAGCCAUCACCAUUGAAGUCACUGAGCAGGAAACUAAAGUACCAAAGAAAACCAUCAUCAUCGAGGAGACCAUAACCACGGUGGUGAAGAACACUCGCCUGAAGAGACGCAUGUCCCCCGGGCGGCCGCCAGCGGGGGCCCACCGCUCUGAGACCUCCACCCCAGAGCCCCCCGCAGCCAGCAGGCAGAGGAGGCAGCCCAUCCCAAGAAAGACCACCAUCCCCACCCUCUACGUCACCGAGCCGGAGGGAGCAGCGGCCAGGCCGCAGCCCAGGUGGGUGGAGGUGGAGGAAAUCAUCGAGUACAAGGUCAACAAGUCUCCCAUGCUGUCCAGAAGGAGGGGCCUCUCUCCCGCGGGCUCCGAGCGAUCGCCAACCCCCACCUCUUCUGCCCGGCUGAGGAGGUACACCCCGGAUAACCCCAACAGGAACAACUCCAACAACAAGCCGGCCCAGGCGGAGCUCCAGGGGGAGGUGGCCACCAGCCAGCCCCUGGUUUGGGAGGAUGAGGAGGGGGCCAACGUGGCUGAGCUCGAUCCCGGACUCGGCGGAGGAGCCUGGGAGCUCUCCUCUGUCCUGAGCCCCGAUGAUCAGGAGGACCAGGAGGACAGGGAGACCAUCGUCGCAGAACCGGAUGAUGACGACCGCGCUAACGACCCUCUGGGGAGCCUGGAACCCAAGAUCCUGACCCAGGGAGGGCGAGUGCUCACCCUGGAGGACCUGGAGGACUACGUCCCAGGGGAGGGGGAGACUUACGGGUCCACCAGCGCUCAGAGCCCCCCUGCUGAGAAGCCCUGUGAGAUCUCCGUGCUUCAGAGGGAGAUUGGCGGCUCCUCCGUGGGCCAGCCCGUCCUCCUCAACGUGGGCCGUCCCAUGGCGGCGCCCGGCCCCAGACCCGGCUUUUUCAGUCGCUUCAGGGAGCACCUCACCAGCAGCCUGUUCUCCCAUCACCCUACCGCAGGCCAGGCCCAGAGGGUGAGGGAGGUGCCGAUCGUGGUGAGCCAAGCGGCCGCGUUCAGCCACGCCAAGCUGGAGGUCAAGCCCUCCUACUGCUCCGAGGUGCAGAGAGUGGAAGUAGGCCAGCAGAGCUACAAAACCAAGUUGUCAGCGCAGACCUAUGGGUACACAUCUGUGGGAAAACCAGUCACUCUUCAAAUAAGCAAGAAGAAUCUGUGUGAAAACCAAUAACCGUAAAAUAGCCGGGGUAGAGCAGUCAUUUGUAUUUGGUACAAUAGCCCUUUUAGUCUUAAAUGGGAACAUUUCUUCUUAAAUGUUAAAAUACAUAUUCUAACAUUGCAUAUACUGCAAAUGGCAGACCAUUCCAUUUUGAAGCAACCCAUCGGAAAGUGAUAGAUCCCCUGCUAUGUUAGUCUCCUGUUAAACGCUGAAGGUCUGCCGUGGUGAGGAAGAAACUGUUAAAGACAAGAUGAGCAUUUGCAAUGUUGUUUUGGUUCUUUCAAAAGCAUGCUGUGCAAGCCUCGAAGUAAUGUAGCUUUGCCACCAAUGUGAUGCAGAAGAAAUGACAAAUAUUACUUGCCGAGUAUGCAGUGAUGCCACAUGGGAUUGGUAGUUUCUAACCAUGUACAGGCUCACUGCCCAUCUGUUAAGCAGUGCAGUUACUUUUGAAUUACAUUGUCUUGUAAUUUCUGUCAGAGAUCAGACUAGAGCAUGUCACCAGUCAGUGUAGAGGUUUAAUUACAUGACAGACCUCCACUUUAACACAAGGAAUGUCACUUUUUGUACAUGCAUAUUUUCUGCCUAAGGAAAAACUGGUAGACUAAAUAUCAAGCAACAACCGUUUGUACUGUACAGAUGAGCACUGAGAUUUGUAGUAAGAUAUCCUACAGAAAACUGAGUUUUUAAAAGAAUGAGCGCAUUAUACAAUUACGUUCAAUGUUGAUAAAUGUCACUGGGCUGUAUUGAGAGCUCAUGUGAUGGUUCAAAUUAGUGAAUAGUGUGACUAAUUUUCUUUGACUUGGGCUGUCCGUAGGGAAGCAUUUCUAGGUGUACGACUACUACUGAAUUCUGCAAGUUUGUACGAAGUUGUGAUGCUAAGAUAUAACUUAGGGUGUGGAGUGAUCUAGGUCUAUGAUACAGGUGUGAUGUAAAUGUUUGUGUUUACUUCAGGUACCCAAUAUAGCAUGUCAUCCUGCACUGAAUAAUGUUACAGAGGUAAUUCCUUUUUCAUUUAAUGAUUUGAAUGCUGAUGUUGAUACAGCACCAAUAAAAUGGGACUGACCUCAAAAACGUUAAGGGUUUUGUUUAGAGAAGUGACUGCAUGAUAUUUGCUUUUUAAAACUGAUGAAAUGAUACUCAUUAAAUCCUGUAUUCCUGUGUUGUGUAUCUUGUUCUACUGAGCAUUGCACAACGGUUAGUUAGUUCUGUCUCACUUAAUUUACUAAUUUUAUUGUGUUUAAACUUGAUUUCCUUCACGAAGAUGUGAUGUUUUAGUGUUUUUUUGAAUGAAAAGCUUAACAUGGUACAUUUUGUGUAAAUUAAACAUAAAAGCACAAAUGCCUCCGCAUUCAGCUGAUGGAAUUAUGCUUGUGUACGUGGGCUAGUGUUGAAUGUGAAUAAAAAUUGAAUUGCAAA